AGACACAGGCGGUCUCCGUUGAAAGAAAAGCCUUUAAAUACUCUACUCUCUCUCUCUCUACAUAUAAAUCUAUAAGUAUCUCUCUGUAAAUAUAUCCUCAAAUUUUAAUUUCUCUUUGCUACUUCGAUCUCAUAGAUCCUCGAUUCCUAUAACUAUGGCCAAUGCAGCUUCUGGAAUGGCUGUGCAUGAUGAUUGCAAGCUAAAGUUUUUGGAGCUGAAGGCGAAACGAACUUACCGCUUCAUAGUUUUUAAGAUUGAGGAGAAGCAAAAGCAAGUUGUUGUGGAAAAGCUUGGUGAGCCGACUCAAAGCUAUGAAGAUUUUACUGCAAGCCUCCCUGCUGAUGAGUGCCGAUAUGCUGUUUAUGAUUUCGACUUUGUGACUGAAGAGAAUUGCCAAAAGAGCAGAAUUUUCUUCAUUGCGUGGUCUCCUGACACUUCAAGGGUGAGAAGUAAGAUGAUCUAUGCCAGUUCUAAGGAUCGGUUUAAGAGAGAACUAGAUGGUAUUCAGGUAGAGUUGCAGGCAACUGAUCCAACUGAAAUGGGCCUUGAUGUCAUUAGGAGCCGUGCCAGCUAAAUAGAAUAUGCCAAUUUCGCAGUGAAGGGUUUCUUAUGCACUCUUAAGCGAAAUGUUUAUAGUUCAUGGACGGUGAACCUGACUGAAUUAUGGUUACUGGUUUGUUGUUUGAGUUUCACCUUACAGUCUUCUUCUGGAAUGGUUUCGAUGAUUUUGAUUAUAUUUUUAUGAUCUGUUAUGCACUGAACUUAUGCAGCGUGUGUUUCUUUAUAGUUAUGUUUACGAUAUAUGGUGUAUCAUCAUCUGAUGGUAGAGCGAACUGGUUUACUUAUAUGGAUGGUAUAGCCAACUGGUUUACUUAAAUGGAUGGUAUAGCGAACCGGGGUUUUGUA